CACUUUUUGUAUCCAGGGCACUGUAGCAGAAGUUAACAUUUCCGCACUGACGUUGUUGUCAUCUCUAGAAACACGACUCAACCGACACCACUAACACGAUGCAUCUCAUCCUCACUGGAGCCACUGGCCUUGUAGGCUCAGGCGUUCUCGAUGCCAUGAUCAAGAUGAAGGACAUCACAAAGAUCUCAGUCCUCAGCAGAAGCCCGAUCCCCAUGGCCGAAGCCGCCAAAGAUCCUCGGAUCAAUGUCAUCAUCCACAAGGACUUUGAAAAGUACGACGCAGACGUACUCGACAAGCUCAAGGGCGCAAACGGCGCUGUGUGGGCACUGGGCAUCAGCCAGAACAAGGUCAGCAAAGAGGAUUAUGUCAAAAUCACAAAGGACUACACUUUGGAAGCAGCAAAGGCUUUCGCCAACCUACCGCCGGACAACGAACCCUUCCGCUUCAUCUACGUCUCAGGCGAGGGCGCAACGCAGACGCCGGGCCGCUUCAGCGCCAUCUUCGCCCGAGUCAAGGGCGAGACCGAGACCCUCCUCUCCGAGAUGCGCGCCGCGAACCCGCGUCUGCGCGCCGAAUCUGUCCGCCCUGCCUUCGUAGACAAGGCCGGCCACAAGGCCGUCGAGACCUAUGCGCCCAACGCCGGCGCGCUGUACAACGCCAUGAAUAUGUUCCUCGGCCCCGUGGUUCGAACAACUAUGCCGUCUUUUGUCAGCCCGACAGAGAUUUUGGGCAAAUUCAUGAGUGAAAUGGCGAUGGGCAAGAUGGACGACGGACUUGCUGCUGGCGGGAAGGGGAUUAUUACGCUUAACGGCGGAUUGAGGGUCGUGGAGAAUGUUGGCUUCAGGAGGUUGGCUGGUUUGCAGUGAAGAUACCCCAUGAGACAUGAAUCCCAGCGCGGACG